AUAUCAUUUGUAUAGGUUAGAUAUCGUUAAUAUAUUGCCUGAGCUAUUGACAGAUCAGAUUUUGACAAAAUGAUCUUUAUGCCAGCUUAAGUUAAUCUUUAAAGUCUACUUAACGCAUAAGAUUUCUAUGAUUAAAGUACUGAUUUGUGGAAUGAAAUGAAAAUAUUAUUAUAUUUUAGGAAAUUUAACCAAAAAAUAAACUUUUAAUUUUUUGGUUAAAUGUGUUAAAAAAGCAGAGUUAAUUGGAAUUGGAUUUAAAUUUUAAGUGUGAAGCCAUAUAAUAUUGAGAUACGAUGUACAUUAUAUAAUGAAAAAGAGGCUGUGCGCGGAGUUAGUAAAAAAUACUACAAAUACGAGUCAACAAACCAUUUUGAGUGUAUCCUGAUCAAAAUUCAUUUCCAUUUUCCAUAAUUUCUGAGGAAAAUGCAAAGUAAUUAGCGAAUUUAAACAUAGAACGAAAUUUAGCAGGAAACUUAUAGAAGCAAUUUUACUCAAUUAACCUCUAUUUCAGUGACUUAGAUGUGAAAAUUGGAAAAUCAAAUCGUUUUAAUUUUUGGAUGAAUUAAGAAAUACGCACACAACAAAAUGGCAUCAUUGGUAUCUACAAUUGGGGACUUGCUACUCUGUCCAGUAUGUAAGGAAAUUUUACGCCAACCUCGCACGUUACCUUGUCAACACAGUAUUUGCCAUGACUGUCUGAAAAAUCUCAUAGCAAAUAUUGACCGUCUUGAACAGAGCCAUGCAGACUUUCCAUGCCCAGUAUGCCGGAGUGUCACAAAACUACCGAAGGCUAGCAGUAUUGAGAUACAGGUGGUAGCGUUCCCCAUCAAUCGUUUGGUACUUUCGAUGAUGGAUGCCAUUACGCAGCAUAAUGAUGAUUGGCCAAAAUGCAAACUCCACCCUGAAAAGUCAGCUGACCUUGUUUGCGUCACGCACGACAUCCUUGUCUGCAGCAAAUGUAUUCUUACCACCCACAAGCAUUGCCGUGUUCUUGAUAUGAAUGACUAUGUAAAAAGUACUUACUACACAACAAAAUGUGGGGAUAUUAAUGAAAACUUAAAGCGGUACAAAAAUCAUAUUGGUAUUGUUAUGGAUGAAAUUUCAAACAAAAUUGAAAGCGUUUCCAAAGAUGAAGAAGCUCUAAUGAAUGAAAUAGCAUGUUUAAGAGACACGUUCAAUACAGCAUUUGAUUCACUGGAAGAAAGGAUAUUGAAUAAGGGUGCAACUUUAAAGAAACAGGGCAUUUCUUGUCUACAGAAACAAAGAACAAUGCUUGAAGAGUUGAUAGCUGAUGUACAGACUUCCCUUUCUGAAAUAGAUGACGCUAAAUCAUCAGAUAUACCAUCUAAACGUUUGUUAGCAUUGCGUACAGCCGAGGCAAACCUCAAAAUGGUGGACAUGGAAAUGGGAAACAUUUCACUACCAGUGACAAACUUUAAACUACAGAUCAGUGCUAAAAUGGAAGCCUGUGUGGUCAUGCUGAAAGAUGCAGUUGAUGUUAUAUCAGAGGAGAACAGUUUUGAUAUUCCACCGCUACCGCCACCAAUUGUCACAAUUCCUGCAACUCCCAAAAAGGAAGGCAAGCAGUUUAAACGAACUCCUGUAGAAAUGUGUGCUGUCAAGGUCAGUUCAUUUGGAGUGAGGAUGCACAAUGACAAGAGCCCAUGUGAUAUAACAGGUUCAACAGUAAUGCCAGAUGGCAGACUUGUGCUAGUUGAUUAUAACAACAAAAAACUCAAAGUCCUUGAUCGAGACUUCCAUCUCAUGUCAGAUUUCAAAACCGACGGUGCAUCAUUCGACACAACUACAUUAUCACAUAACCAGGUUGCAGUAACAGUGCCAAAGGAUAAGAGAAUCCAUUUUCUAAGUCUGCAAGAUGGAAUGAAAACUGCUGACAGUAUUCACACUCGACUGGAAUGCUGGGGAUUGGACUAUGUGGACGAGAAACUUGUUACCGUGACUAAUAGUGAUGAUCACAUGAUCCUGUUUUACAAUAAGAAAGGGACAGAACUUAUCUCGUGUAGCUUAGGCUCGCAAGAUCCAAAUAUGAAAUGGCCAAUAUCAGUGUGUGUUGAUACAAAAGAUAAAAUUUACAUCUGCUGCCAAGGUGAAGGUGACUCUGAAGAUAUCAACGGCUGUCUGGUGAUAAUAGAUUCCUCAGGUCAAGUGAGAAGCAUGUACAUGGACCCUGGCUUGAGGAAAGCAACUAGCUGCACUAAAGAUGAAGAUGGGAACAUUUUUAUUUGCGGUUUAUCUUCAGCAAAUGUUCAUCAAAUUCCAAGAUCUGGAGACCGACUUGGACAGAUUAUUUCUGGUCUAAGUAAGCCCAUUCAUGUGAAGAGUUACUGGGAUACAGGUAGUUUGCUGGUUAUGGAGCGAUUCUGUAAUGAUGUAUGUGUGUAUCAAAUGCAAGAAUAGCAAUUAUAUCUAUGUGAAAAUUAUUGAAAUAAUAAAAACAAUAGAAAAAAAAAACAUGAAAGUUCUAGAUAUUUGUAAAAUUCUAUACUUUAUUAAGGAUAGGACAAAUAGAUCAAAACCAACACAAAUUUAGAUAUCAAUACAUGUUUCGCUUUAUUAGCUUCGUCAGUUGAUACAUAAAGGAAAUGAACACAUUUAUUAAUAGCAUUUUAUAUCAGAGUAUUGAUAUACUUAGUAAUAAUAGUGAGCUUUGAAUGUAGACGCUAGUAAAAAAUAAUUAUAAGCAUUUCUAUAUUCUAUUCUAUAUCAGCUUUUUUAGCUAAAAAUAAAAGUAAAAACACAG